ACUCGCGGGAGAGGCAUUUUUUUUUCGGUCGUCUCUAUGGCGGACUCACACGACUUCGAUCUCUCCGUCUCAAUGUCUUCCCCAUACAUUCGCUUGGACCCCGUUCCUGAACCCCCGCCAUGAGGUAGUUGCCUGUCUGUCCUCGCCACGAGAUUACUUAUUCUUCUUUUGCCUAUCUAAAGCUCGUCUUUUAUCGUGCUAAUCUCACCAUUCCUCCCGCCCCUCCAGAUCCGCCGUUUUACCAGAUUUUCCUCCUUUGUCCCCGCUUCCGAAUCGGUCAUCCUCUCCUGUGACUCUCUAUCCUCCCGGCUUCCCACAGCCUUCCGAGUCUGAAGAACAGUCCAAUAUGGUCCGGAAUAUCGUUGUUAUCGGGGGCACUUCCCACCCGCAAUUGACUCAGACCAUCUGCAACGUGCUGGGCAUCCCACCGGCAGAUGUUCUGCUGUCGAAAUUCUCCGUGGGCGAGACCCGAGUGGAAAUCAAAGAAUCAGUCCGUGGAAAAGAUGUCUAUAUCAUUCAGUCCGGUGGUGGAAAGGUGAACGAUCUCCUCAUGGAGCUUCUGAUUACCAUCUCGGCUUGCAAGACCGCCUCCGCCAAGAGAGUCACUGCGGUCCUCCCGCUUUUCCCGUACUCGCGUCAGAGUGACAUCCCCUACAACAAGACCGGAGCUCCUUUAGUCAAGUCAUCCCUUGCGGGGAGGCAAGGCAACAACUACACCUUUGAGAGUACCCCGCCUACCCCACACCCGGGGAAGCCUGAUGGUGGAAGCCUUCUGAACGGUCUGAACGGCGUCGACAACUUGCAGAAGAGCCUGGCCAAGGCUCAAUUGGACGACAUCAGCAAUGGCAGCCCUGUGAAGAAGCAGCGCCCGGUCAAUGGUCUUCCCCGCAGCGAUACCAUGGAGUCCCUGCAGUCUGAAGGUAACCGGUUCGCACUCAACGGCGCCGAUGAGAAGAUCAACAACUUCCAGCCCCGCCCCGGCUACAAGCAGUGGGUGGCUCAGGCCGGUACCUUGGUCGCGGACCUGCUCACCUGCGCUGGUGCAGACCACAUCAUCACCAUGGACCUCCAUGACCCUCAGUACCAGGGAUUCUUCGACAUUCCGGUUGACAACUUGUACGGCCGCCCACUCCUCAAGAGUUACAUCCAGCGGAACAUCCCCAACUACAAGCAGGCUGUUAUCGUCAGUCCUGAUGCUGGUGGUGCGAAGCGUGCCACGGCGAUUGCCGACAGCAUGGGCGUCGAGUUCGCCCUUAUUCACAAGGAACGUCGUCCUACUCGUAUAACGGAUCGACAGAACGCUACCAUGAUGCUGGUGGGAGAUGUCAAGGAUCGGACGGCGAUCCUGAUCGACGACCUGGCGGACACGUCAAACACCAUCACUAGAGCGGCGAAGCUCCUCAAGAAGGAAGGGGCUGCCCAGGUCUAUGCUCUGGUCACCCACGGAAUCUUGAGCGGAGAUGCUAUUGAUCGGAUCAAUGCAAGCGCUCUCGACAAGGUGGUGGUUACCAACAGCGUUGACCAGGCAGAUCAUUUGCGCAGAUGCCCUAAGUUGGAGGUUUUGGAAGUCGGUCACGUCUUCGCCGAGGCUAUUCGCCGUGUCCACCACGGUGAGAGUAUCAGUACUCUGUUCCAAUACGACUAACCAUUUCACUGAUUCUAUUGCAUGCGACCUUUCUUUCCCAUGGCAGGGAUAGAUACACCUUUUGAAAAAGGAGUGACGAAAUCGAGGUUAUAUUUUGAUGAAUUUUUUUAUAUUGUCUUUGACAUUUGCUAUACUACUUUGGUUUCCAUAAGCAUACCAUCGCAUACCAUUUAUCACUGUUCUCGAAAUCUACUGAACGGAGCCUGAGAGGAGCAGAAAAAGAUACGCCCAAGGUGUUCCCAAUGCACAGUUACGCCCCCCUGGAUCCAUCUCUUCAUGACUUCGCUCAUGUUUACACAUUCAACGCUGUAUGAGAAUCUCGGGGCUUUCUUAUUCUGACACCCUACGUGUCGCCCUUAAUUUUGGGCUUUCCACUUUGGAUCUCGACUGUCUGGACGUUUUCUGUAGACAGAUUGGCUGAAAGCUUAGCACGUGUCCAUGAUUAUGAACAAAUACAUCUAAAA